GCGGCUGCAGCGCGCUUGGGGGCUCCGGGGAAGUUGACCGAGGCGGCUGCGGCAGGAUCCCCGGGGCCGGAUCGCGCGAAGCCUGCGUGGCCGUCUCCUCCUCCUGCAACCUUGCCGCCUCCUGCGUGCUCCACUUUCCGUCUGCUAUUGUUACAGACUGUUUUCCGGUGGCCAGCAUUCUCCCGAAACUUACGAAGAAAGUGUUGGAUUUCCCCUGGUUGGAACUGAAAAAUUGCAGACCACCUCUGGGUAGCUGGACGGAACCCACCCCUGUCCCUUUCCGGUACCAAAGUGCUUACUCCUCUCCAAAGUGCCAUGUCUGAACUGUUACUGGGAAGAAGCGGCUACUGAAACGCGCCCACACCGUUGCACCUGCAGGCGCGUCCCCUUUUCUCGGCCACCUUCUGCGGCCGAAGCGGCGAGGACAGUGCCGCCUUUGGAUGUCCUCCGUGGGAACCGGUUCUCCGAGGCUGGCAAGCUGAGGCUGGAUUUGGGGGAGGAAUAUCAGACUUGGAGGAGUCUGCGCGCUUUUCUCCUCCCCGCGCCUCGCGGUCGCCGCUAGUUCACCGCUCGGUCCCCGUGCUCGCUCCCUCACCCCACCCACUUCCUGUGCUCGCCCGGGGGGCGUGUGCCACGCUGCUGCCGGAGUUCUGGGAAGUUGUGGCUGUCGAGGAUGGGGGUCUGUGGGUACCUGUUCCUGCCCUGGAAGUGCCUCGUGAUCGUGUCUCUCAGGCUGCUGUUCCUUGUACCCACAGGAGUGCCCGUGCGCAGCGGAGAUGCCACCUUCCCCAAAGCUAUGGACAACGUGACGGUCCGGCAGGGGGAGAGCGCCACCCUCAGGUGCACGAUUGACAACCGGGUCACCCGGGUGGCCUGGCUAAACCGCAGCACCAUCCUCUAUGCUGGGAAUGACAAGUGGUGCCUGGAUCCUCGUGUGGUCCUCCUGAGCAACACCCAGACCCAGUACAGCAUUGAGAUCCAGAAUGUGGAUGUGUAUGACGAGGGCCCGUACACCUGCUCCGUGCAGACAGACAACCACCCCAAGACCUCACGGGUCCACCUCAUCGUACAAGUCUCUCCCAAAAUUGUAGAGAUUUCUUCAGAUAUCUCCAUUAACGAAGGAAACAACAUCAGCCUCACCUGCAUAGCAACGGGUAGACCAGAGCCUACGGUUACCUGGAGACACAUCUCCCCCAAAGCUGUUGGCUUUGUGAGUGAAGAUGAGUACCUGGAAAUUCAGGGCAUCACCCGAGAGCAGUCGGGGGACUACGAGUGCAGCGCCUCCAACGACGUGGCCGCACCAGUGGUUCGGAGAGUGAAGGUCACGGUGAACUAUCCACCAUAUAUUUCCGAAGCUAAGGGUACGGGUGUCCCUGUGGGACAGAAGGGGACGCUGCAGUGUGAAGCCUCAGCAGUCCCUUCAGCAGAAUUCCAGUGGUACAAGGAUGACAAAAGACUGAUUGAAGGAAAGAAAGGUGUCAAAGUGGAAAACAGACCUUUCCUCUCGAAACUCAUCUUCUUCAAUGUCUCUGAACACGACUACGGGAACUACACUUGUGUGGCCUCCAACAAGCUGGGCCACACCAAUGCCAGCAUCACGCUAUUUGAACUAAAUGAGCCCACAAGCUCAACUUUGUUGCAAGAAGUGAAAACUACAGCCCUGACCUCUUGGAAAGGCCCCGGCGCCGUCAGCGAAGUGAACAACAGCACAUCGAGGAGGGCAGGCUGCAUCUGGCUCCUUCCUCUCCUGGUCUUGCACCUGCUCCUCAAAUUUUGAUGUGAGUGCCACUUCCCCACUGGGGAAAAGCUGCCGCCUCUGCCCCCACCAAGCAACAGCAAGAGCAGCACCGUCGGCGACCAAUCAGAUAACAUUCAAACGAAAUUCGGAGAAACUAAGCCUCAUGGGACAGAAAUUCGAGGGAGGGGAACAAAGAAUACUUUGGGGGAGAAAAAAAAAGUUUAAAAAAGGAAAUUGAAAAUUGCCUUGCAGAUAUUUAGGGUACUACUGAGUUUUCUUUCUUUUCCCAAAUGGGAAGAACGCACACCGGCUUGGACCCACCCUCCUCCAGCUGCAGCAUCGCGUGACCGCUCUGUUGCCAACGUGAGCCAGGGCUCAGCCAACCUGCUCGCAAAGUGCCCCCCAACCAUGGAACAUUCUAGAGUCGGCCACCCCAAAUUCAGUCAGUCAAUAGAGGGGAACACAGUGUGAGCCAUUCAGGCCCAGGUGGGGCACGGCGGGUCCUUUGCUGGACUGUGCCACCCUUGUGUGUGCUCCGACACAGGAAAUCAAAAGAUGAAGAAAGAAAAGGACAACCAAACAGCCCGACAGCAACAACAAUCCCACAAACAGUCACAAAAGAUAUUGUUAAACUUUCUGGGUUUCCUUUUUUUUGUUUGUUUUUAAUGUUUCGUUUUCAUUUUCCUACGUGGACAUCGCGGAUAAUAAGAGAUUCUGAGUCAUUAUUAAUUUUAUUAAUUAUAUUUUCAGAUAUGAGUCUAGAACUUAGUGCAAAAACAAGACAAAACUAAAAAAAAAAAAAAAAAAGAAAAACCACGCAGUUGAAAGGGGUGACGAGAAGUAUGUUUGUUAAACGGUAAAAGUGAAUAGUGUACUUCUUAACUAGGUUUACAACUGGUGGACCGUGCGCAGGCCUUAACCGCCUGGUGAGGAUUUGGCCUGUCCACCAAAAAAAAUACAUCCGACUUAACCAACACCUCCACCAGCGCUUCAGAUUUCUCCUUACUCUGGCAUCUCAUGCAGACAGUACUAAGCUAUGUACACACCGUUUAGAAACGGAAAGGUGACCGCACUGUAUUUUGGGUUCGUUGGCUAUGCUUCUUUUGAUGACAUAUAUUAUACAGUAUAUAUAUAUGCAUAUUUUUUUUUUUUGUUAGAGUUCUAGCCGUUUUCUUUCUCAGCAGGGUCCUUUCUCAGACAUUACUGCAUGCUGUAUAUGGCGUUAGCUGUGUGUCGGUCUUCUACAAGACGAUAGAGUUUACUGGUAAUUGUGUAAUCAGCUCCUGCCUUUUUUAUUUCCCUGGGUUAUUUACAUGUCAGAGACAUUUAUAAGAAGUGAAAAGAGAAAAACAGAACAAAAAGCAGAACAACUAAUACCAGGCGUAGCAUCUUUCCAGGUGUGACUCUCUGCAGCGCGGGCAGCCUGGUGGCCUCGCCGCCCCGUGGGGCCCCGUGGCAUUAACAGACGGCCAACAGCUGAACAGACUAAACCGUCAGAAACCACUCGCUCCAGCCCGUGGUGGGAAUCUCUGAUGCCUUUGUGACCACUGGAGAGUUCAAUCCUCUUGGUUUAUUUUAUUUAAUUUCCCGCCUUUGUGUGAGUGUGUAUGAAAGAGGAAAAAAAAUGCAAUUUUUAGGUAACCUUUUUGUUCGUCCCCCAGAGUCUGGGAACCAGAGAAGCCUCGGGGAGGGGUCCUGGAUAUGAUGAGGGAAAGUGGGAUUGGGGGACCGGGGAGGGAGGGGUUGUCUCUGACUUGACAUUAAAAAGUGUUCCAUGUCCCUCUUCA